AUGGCGACUUAUGCGAAAGACCACGAGAACCCCAACGGCCCUGGAGACGCUCGUCCUACAGCGCUCAAGAUCAUCAGAGACCAGGACCUAGACGACAAGCUCACGGGCAAGGUCUUUCUAGUGACCGGCUGCACUUCCGGGAUUGGCGUGGAGACAGCCAGAGCUCUUCAUGUCGCUGGUGCCGACGUCUACAUAACGGGCCGAGACGUGAAAGCCGGCCAGCGAGUCAUAGAGAGCAUCACCCAGGACAAGAGAGACGGGAAGGUGGGUUUCAUCGAGAUGCACCUGGACUCUCUGGCGAGUGUUGCCGAGGGCAUAGAAGCUUUCAAGAAGCACACCAACCUCCUCAAUGGUCUCAUCUGCAAUGCCGGCGUCGCUUUUCACCCCAAGGCCACAACGACCGAGGGCUUCGAAACCCACUUCGGCGUCAACCACGUCGCGCAUUUUGCGCUCUUCCUAGGUGUUCAGGAAAUGCUUCUCAAAUCAGCAACCGCAGAGUUCCCAUCACGGGUCACCAUGGUCUCCUCAUCGGCUCACCGCGUGAACCCCGUCAAUCUCGAUGAUUACAACCUGACAAAGUGUGAGUAUGAUCCUACCAAGGCAUACGGCGCUUCCAAAACCGCCAACAUUUGGAUGGUCAACGUGAUUGAGCGAAUGUAUGGUCACAAGCAUCUGCACGCCAACUCUGUCCACCCGGGCGGCAUCCACACUUUGGGAGCCAGACAUUUGGAGGACUCCGGCGAGAAGCUAUUCAAGUCUUUCUAUCGGAUCGUCAAGAGCCCCGAGCAGGGUGCUGCGACCACGGUCUGGGCUGCGGUUGGGAAAGAUUUGGAGGGCCGGGGAGGUCUUUACUUAGCUGAUGUGCAGGUGGGCGUACUUUCUAAAGAUCCGGAGAAAGAUAGAGCUGUUGGAUAUGCUUCUCAUGCAUUCGAUGAAGGGUUGGAAAAUCAGUUGUGGGAAUUGAGCCGGAAAUUCGUCUUCGAAUCAGGAAAAUUUCCAGAACUGAUUCGUUCUGAGUGA